CCAGUGACUGAGAGACCGAGAGGCAGCUGCAGUGGGAGACGCAGCAACACCACACCGCGCAGGACUUGCCGCGCACAAUUCCCUCUGCGGGGCUGUUCCCGCAACUUGCCUUCUAUUUUUAAUGGUAUUCUUUUUGCCCCUCUUUCAUUUUUUCUUCAAGAACCAUUUUUCUGGAUGAAGGAUUUCUGAGCGAUUACCUCUGAAGGAUGACACUUUGGGCAUUUGUGUUUUUUCUAAAAACGGCUUGAUUCCGAGGCGGAGAACGCGUCCUUUUGCGCACUGCCAUUUUGGAUUAGCGCACUCUGUUCCUGUUCGAUUUUGCCGUCAUGAAAUGUGCAGAUAAAUGAAAGCCAACCCCGCGUCCGCUCCCCGCGCGCCCCUGGUUCUGUUCACGCCCAGAUAGAUCCAGAUGAGAGAUCUCCCCGCUGGAUCUGACGCGCUUUUACGCAGCCAGUCGUCCCCGGAGCGUAACGGCGAUCCACGCCGGAGAGCAACAGAGAGCGCGUCCGCUCCCACACCCACGUCUCUCCCGUCUCCCGCGGACCCGUCGCGCCAGAAUAAGAGGCUUCCUGUCCGGAUCGUGAAGAUGUUGACGGCUCACAGCGGCCACCUGCUGCACCCGGAGUAUCUCCAGCCCCUCACUUCUGCGCCGGUUAGCAUUGAACUGGAUGCCAAGAAGAGUCCUUUGGCUCUGCUGGCCCAGACCUGCUCUCAAAUUGGCAAACCCGACCCCCCCUCCUCCUCCAAGCUGGCCUCCCUCUCUUCUGGCUCUCUAGGAGACAAGGAGUCAUCCGGUAGAUCGUCCAAGCCUGGAGAGCAGCACCAGUCCCUGGAUGACAAGUCCAGCUUCAAGCCUUACUCCAAGUCAUCAAGCGACUGUCGUAAGGAUGUCUUGGUGACAAAGGGAGCGUCGGAUAAAGCAGCUUUAAGGGUGCCAAAUGGAAGUUCCAGUGGAGGAAAUGCAUCUUGUCCGCCUUUCCCCUCCCAUUCCAGGUCACCGAACUCUAGCUCCUCUCCGUUGCCCCACAGACAGAGCCAUUCCCCUUCCAUGCAGCCCCCAUCACACUCCCAGACGCCACACACGGACAGCAAACCCGAGCAGGCGAGCUCGGAUAAUAGCAGCAACGUUGCUGGCAAAAAAGACUCUGAUGUUACAAAACCAGGCGUGGACGGGGCUCACUUAGCCAACUCCAGCCAAGUGAGGGCGAGUGCUAACUCCAGCAACGCCAGCUCGGCCAGCAGCCCACGGCCAGAGAGCAAGACGGACCCUCAGGCCUCUUCGCAGCCUAAUCUCAGCUCUGGACACAUCGCGCCGGUCUCUCCGUUCAAACCGGGGCAUUCUGUCUUCCCUUUGCCCCCAGCUACUAUGGGAUACCACGGUUCCAUAGUGGGGGCCUACGCCAGCUAUCCCUCACAGUUUGUUCCCAGCUUGGAUCCCACCAAGUCCAGUUUGGGCUUAGGACUUCAAGGGAAGCACCCCAGCUCCAGUCCAUUAACCGGAGCAUCUCCUCCCUCUCUGAUGCAGGGUUUGUGUCGGGACCCUUACUGUUUGAGUUACCCCAAUGCCCCCCACCUGGGGGGCAGCAACUGCUCCACGUGCGUCCACGAUCCUUCAAGCCUCAAGUCUGGCUUUCCCCUGGUCUACCCCUCACACCACCUCCACUCCUUACACUCUGGCUCCUUGUCGUCCAGCAGCACCCCCUCCCUGUCUCACCCCCUUUAUACUUAUGGUUUCAUGGUCCCAAAUGAGCCCCUACCCCAUGCCUGCAACUGGGUUUCCGUCAGCGGCCCCUGUGACAAACGUUUUGCCACGUCAGAGGAGCUACUGGCCCACUUGCGUACCCAUACAUCCUUGCCUGGAAUGGUAGACAGUAAGCUGUUGUCAGCCUAUCCCUCGUCUGUUUCCUCCACAGCCUCAUGUCACCUUCACUUGCCCCCGCCCAGCAGCUCCUUCUCCCUACGAGGCUCUCCCGGAUUAGGCCUGGCACGCUACCACCCCUACGGCAAAUCCCACUUGCCGGGCGCCCCAGGACUUCCAAUGCCAACUUUUUCCUCUUCCCCGGCCUACUACUCCCCCUACGCCCUCUACAGCCAGAGACUCGGCUCUGCCUCGGCACUGGGGUAUCAGUGACGAGCCGGAACGCCAACGACAACCGCGCACCGCAGGCACCGGCUUAGGUCUGUCAAGUGGCAGCCUGAAGAUGGAUUCGUGAGGCUAAGGUCAUUGUGAGUGCAAGGCAUCCUGCCUGCGAGGCCUGCCAGGAAUACCACCUGUUUGCCUCAGGAUCGUGACCAGUGCUCCGAAAGGCAAAAUUCCCCUCCGAUGGAUUGUCUGCAACAACAGACUUUAAUUGAAGACAGCAGGACACUCAACUUGAAAAAAUAUGAGAUUAUCUCCAGAGUUUUGAGUUUUGUUUUGCUUUUCAAACUUCUCCCGUUCCCCUCCCCGCCCCCUCUCAAACUUAAAAGUCUGUAUUUAUUUUUUAUGGAAGCGCUUGGUUUUCAACUCCAGGGGGGUUUAUUGUUUUGCAUUCUGAAGUAUUCUAAGAGAGAAAGAUUGAUUUUAACUAUAAUACCAUUAUCAUCAUAUCAUUAGAAAAUAAAAAUGUUGCACCCAGACGUGAGGCUGUAUUCUGGAGAGAAUUUUUUUAUUAUUAUUUGAAAUCUCCUUUCCUGUCUGCUUUUAUUUUUUCCUGUGUUCUUCUCGGUUUGUUUUGGAUUUUCAGAAUUCCUCCACUGUGUACAGAGACGUCGGGAGAAUUGCAUGUCCUUGAGAAUUAUCUUGAACAAUGCUAUUAUUUCUAUUUGUAAAUAUGCAAAGAUGUAAUAUUUUUUCAAGCUUACAAGGGAUCGGCAAGUUGACGAAGCACGGGGGGGAGAGAAGGGGAUGUCGGUUCACACAAAAUGGUGCAGAGAUUAGAUAUGACAUGAACAAAAAUGAUGGCUGUGCUGUCUGGUCAACAGGAAAAGGUCGUAUUUUGAAUAAAUGAUACAUGGUUGCAUUUUAA